CGGCGGGGCCGAUGGACGCUUGGCCUCCAACAUUGCUGUACUUAUGCGAUUUUUCCUCCUCUCCUGUACUCACAGUCCAGAUAACGUCUUGAAAUUAUUCGCGUCACGUCGUCUGCUCUGACCCAGCAAGUGACACACUUGACCCAGAAUGGCGGCCUCGAAACCUCCUGCUGCUGGAGCAGGCAGCACACGACGGUCCAAGCCUCAUAUCACAGAAUUGCCCAUCACAUGGGGAAACUGGUACCAACAUGUCAACUGGCUGAACGUCUACUUUAUCAUCAUUGUCCCGCUCAUGGGCUUCGUCGCGGCCUCUUUCUAUCCCCUCCAGCGUGCCACAGCCGCUUUUGCCAUUCUUUACUACUUCAACACCGGACUGGGUAUUACCGCAGGCUACCAUCGUCUCUGGGCCCAUACCUCCUACCGCGCGUCCACCCCUCUCAAGAUCUACCUGGCAGCCGUCGGCGUCGGCGCCGUCCAGGGCUCCAUUCGAUGGUGGUCGAGAGGCCACCGCGCCCAUCACCGGUAUACCGACACCGAAAAAGACCCUUACUCUGUGCGCAAAGGGUUCUGGUAUUCCCACAUCGGCUGGAUGGUGAUGAAGCAGAACCCCAAGAACAUCGGGCGGUCCGAUAUCACUGACCUCAACGAGGACCCGAUUGUGAUCUGGCAGCAUCGGCACUAUGUCAAGCUCGUGCUGUUCAUGGGCCUGAUCUUUCCUACUCUGGUGUGCGGCAUCGGUUGGGGUGAUUGGGCGGGUGGCUUCAUCUAUGCAGGUAUUCUCCGGGCGACGUUCGUGCAACAGGCCACGUUUUGUGUCAACUCUCUGGCCCAUUGGUUGGGAGAUCAGCCCUUUGACGAUCGUAAUUCCCCUCGCGAUCAUGUCAUCACGGCGUUGGUGACCUUGGGCGAGGGAUAUCACAACUUCCACCACGAGUUCCCGUCGGACUACCGCAAUGCUAUCGAAUGGUGGCAGUACGACCCGACCAAGUGGGCGAUUUGGACCUGGAAGCAGCUCGGCUUGGCAUACGACCUGAAGGAAUUCAAGGCCAAUGAGAUUGAAAAAGGCAGACUACAACAGCAGCAAAAGAAGCUCGAUAUCAGAUCCUCCCAGCUGGACUGGGGCACUCCAAUUUCCCAGCUACCGGUCAUGACGUGGGACGACUUCAAGAUCGAGUCUGCCAAGGCUGAUGGGAGAGCCCUAGUGGUCAUCGCCGGGGUCAUUCAUGACGUGGCCAACUUUAUCAAAGAGCAUCCCGGUGGCAAGGCGUUUAUUUCUUCGGCUAUUGGGAAGGAUGCGACGGCUACUUUUAAUGGUGGUGUCUAUCGGCAUUCUAACGCCGCGCAUAAUUUGCUGUCUACCAUGCGUGUGGGAGUUAUUUAUGGUGGUGGUGAGGUGGAGAUCUGGAAGCAGGACUAUGCGGAGAAGCAGAACAGUUUCGUCGUGCAGGAUAGUAAGGGGCAGCCUAUUGUACGGGCUGGCGAGCAGGUUACGAGGAGGUCUCCGCAGAAUGGUGCCAUUGCGGCUUAGCUGGAGGUCGAAGCAGUUAUGAGAUAGAGUCAUGUAUAUCGAGUUUUAUUUAGUUCUUGUGGAUAUCAUUCAACUCCUGUCAUUUAUG